GAGACUAUACCAGGAAGCUUCCUUGACAACCAUUGAAGCCAGAGGAAGGAAGUGCCUUUGACCCAAACUAAUAACAUUGCUUCUCGCUUUACAUUUUUAUGUCCCCUCACCGGACCUAACACAAUCAACGCAACUACAACGGAGACAGAGAAGAACAGCCAAGAUGACGGUCAGCUUAGAAGAGUAUUUCCGCACGACAUUUGAGGACAAGCUCCUCGUCAAAAUGCCGGAGCGGGAGGAUGACCACCUCACACCUGCGACUCGCUUGUUGGAGAAACGCAGAGAAAUGGCAGAAGUAGAGCAGGCAUUGGCCGCUCAAAAAGAGGAAUUCCAAAUGAAAAUGGAAAGUUUACAGCAAAGAAGGGAAGAGCUGGAAAGAAAAGAGUACCAGUUAAAAGAUUCAUUACUGAAAUUUGACAAAUUUCUAAAGGAAAAUGACUCGAAGAGAGCCAGAGCUGUGAAAAAGGCCAAUGAUGAACGAGAAUUGAAAAAGCAGAAAGAUAAAGAAAUUGACAGAGUGAAGGACGAGACCGACACCCACCAGCAGCAGAAGGAGAAGCUGCACAAGAAGCUGGAGCGGUACACCAUGUUCCACCAGUACAUGGAUCGCGUCCUGGAGGCCGGCGAGGAGUUCCACGAGAUCCGUGACAUCAUCGCCCGAUGGGACACACUCCGGGCCACGCACCUGGACCUGCUAGAGCGGGACCAGAAGAACCAGGACCGCAUCGAGAAGCAGCGUCAGGACCUGAUGAAGUACAUGGAGGAGAAGGAGAACCAGGUGCUCAACUACAACAACCAGCUCUCUGGCCUGCAGACGCGGCUGGACGGCGCUCAGAGCGAGGCGGUCAAGUGGGAGAGCCAGUGGAACCACAUCAAGAACACGGCCGCCAAGAAGACCCUCCUUCUGGGCAGAAUCAAAAUGGCCACUCACAACUUGUACCAGUUGGUGAAGAGUCACCAGAACCAGUUGGACGAUCUGGAGGACACCACAGAGCAGCUGUCACAGAUUCAAAUUUUUGUCCAAGACCUGAGUCAAAUCACGUCGGAGAUCAAGAAGAUGGAGCACACCGGGACCUCCAUCUUCGCACCUUCUUCCAGCUAGGGAUCUUUGUUUCUCCAUCGUUUAUUGGUUUAUGUAGAAACUUUUGCUACGGGGGGUAGGGG